CAGGUCAAGGGUCAGUCAUUGAGUCAGACGACGUGCACUUGCGAAAAAAUAUAUCACAGAAUUCCAACUUGUAGACACGUUCCGAUCGUCAAAAUGUUCCAGAAACCUUUCAGAGUCAAGUCCAAGACUGUCAUCCGUGGGUCUGAUCGGAGAAAGCUCCGAGCAGAUGUAGGGAAGGCCCUUCCCUCGCUGACAGAGGACCAGCUGGCAGAACUGGUGCCUAACAAGGAGGACAUGUCCACCAUGAAGGUCUACACACACUCCGGCAAGAACGUCACCGUCUACUGUCUGGGGAACAACCCCGUCUUCUUCGAACUGGACAAGAAUGUCUUUCCCACAGUGUACACGUUGUGGAGAGUACCUGACAUGUUACCUUGUCUCACCACCUGGCCACCUGUACUCAAGAACCUCUGUGGAGGGGCAGACCUGAUGUUGCCGGGGGUGAUAGAGGGAGAGGAGGGGCUUCCUGAGAUUGACAGGAACAAACUGUGUGCCAUCUCACUGCUCGGAAACAGAGCUCCAGUUGCCGUAGGCAGGACCACCAUGUCAUCUGCCCAGAUGGUGGAGUGUGGGAUGAAGGGGAAGGGAGUCACCGUGCUGCACACAUACCUGGACCAGCUCUGGGAACAUGGUGACCAGACCCCCCUCCCCACAAUGGCUACCCAGCAGUCCUGUCCUGAAGGUCAUGCACCUGACCUUGACUCCGGGGACACGACACCUGAGGAACAAAGUCAAGGUGAACUCGGGGCAGAAGCCUCGAGCACCACAGACGCUGUACCGAUAGAAAACCUGGUCUUAGAGGACGACCUUGGUGAUGAAGGUGACAUUGAUAAAGGAACUGACCUUGGUGAACAGAACAGUGAAGCUGCUGGAAUGAGGGAUGAUGGGAAUGGAUGUGAAGAGGAAGAAGUAGAAACAAGACAUGAGGAGGAGGAAGAGGAGGACCAGAUGGAUGCACUACUGUACCAGUGCUUCCUUCAUGCCCUGAAGACGAACGUUAAGAAGUCUGACCUCCCGCUCCUCACCAGUAAACUCCUUAGAGGUCACAUGCAGCCAUGUUGCCCUGCUGACAAGUCUCUGGACCUAAAGAAGUCAAGUUAUAAGAAGCUAACCAAGUUCCUUCAAGCAAUGCAGACACAGAGGUUAAUCCAGGUCAAGGAACUGUCCAAGGGGGUGGAGAGUGUGGUGGAGGUCAACUGGGGUCACGAGGAGCUGAAGAGUUUUGAGGUCCCUGACAUUGAGCUGCCAACAGACAGGGUCAACGACCCGGGAACGGGCGCCGCUCCGACCUACCAGCCUCCUGAGGUCGUGGAGAUGUACAGUGUGACAGGCAACCUGGCAGCCCUGUUUAGAACGGCUGGUAUUAGGAAAGGCGAGGCCUUGUCUGGCCAGCAGGUCCGUGAGUUCCUGACUCAGUAUGUGAAGGAAAAUGAACUGGCAGAUCCCAACAACAGAAGGUUUGUAGUUGUUGACCCGUUGCUGUGCGACGCCUUAAGACAGAAGGGAGAGGACUUGACUCAUCUUGCCUGGGAGGACCUCUUCACAAGGUGUUGCGAUAAGAUGUCGCCGUGUACCCAGCUCAUCUUUCCCGGCCAGCCGCCAGUCCUGAAGAAAGGCAAACUGGAGCCGGUUGACGUUCAAGUUCAGCAGAGGUCCGGCAAUAAGAAGGUGACCCUGAUCUACAACCUGGAAGGUUUUGGGAUCCGUCCGGACGCCUUUGCGCACCUGUUACAGCUGCGGGUUCAGGCGAGCACGGCUGUGAACCCAGCGCCGAACAGGAAGGCAGGUGUGCAGGUCAUGGUCCAGGGCAACCAGGUCCACACCGUCGCCAAGCUGCUCAUAGAUGAGAUGAAGCUACCAAAAAAAUUUGUCCAAGGGGUUGAAAAGGCUGGCAAGAAGAAGAGAUGACGACACUGCACCAUUUGGUAGAGCUAGGGAAAGAAGUCUUCAUCUUUUGUGUUGUGUUGCAAUACCGGAAAGAGCUAACAAAAAGAGAACUACAAUGCAUGUGAUGAACUGCAUAUCAUAAAUGUUUUCAAAUGAAAUAAUAAACAAAAGUCCU